UACCACUUUCCUACGCAAGAUGUCGCAUUUUCGCCUCUUCUCACCUACCUCCCCUUCAAGAAAUAACUAGAGAGCAAAACAUGUGGACUCCUGAUCGCCGCGUAGUUGGUUGGUUUAGAAAAGUUGAGUGGGAGUCUGUGUACAAUGAACUAUAUAGUGAUGAUGUUCAGAAACAAACCCAUGCUGUUGGAAGGAUCCGUGUCUGGAAGAGCAGAGUUCUCCACAAGUUGUCUGCCUCUAUCGAUUGUACUUGUAGUCUGAUACAAAGUGUAAUUGAGGACCAUAGCUUGAUCAAAGCUGGGCAGGUCAUUGAAAAGGAUGUCGCUAUCCGCAUGGGCUAUUCCAUAGCACUUGUCAGAUUUGUUAACCUGAUAACUGAUAAACUUCAAAAAAAGUCAUUUGCACAACCUGUUCACCGAUUAGCAGGCACACUUGGCUUACCAGAAUGGAUGGUGAACCUGCGACAUGAAGCCACCCAUGGCUCUCUCCCACAGCUCAGUGUCCUAAGAUCUGGUGCCCAGUUGGCUCUGGCUUGGCUGAAGCGAGAAUAUUGGGAGGCCCAAAAUGAAUGGAAUGAUAAGGAGCCACAAUCCUUGUCAGAUUCCCCUGCUCCUACUGACAGCGUGGAGGACAUGCUGGUCUCUUACAUGCAGCAACAGUAUCAGGUUAUGGACAAUUCGGAGAGCAAUUUGACGAGGAAGGAGAGAGCAACAAUGGAAAGUACCCUGGAUAAUAUUGGAACAGCCAUGUCUUACAGCAGUGAUGAUGUUGUAACAUGCUUACUACAAGAUGGAUACAUGAUUCCUGCACAAAAUCAACUUGAAGCUCUUGAAAUUGACAAUGAUGACUUGGUGGAUAGUCAGAGUUUAGAUCUGCCAAAGCCUCUGACUAAACUUUGGCAGCCUUUAUUGAUGAAGAUGAAUUCCACACAACAAAUUGAACCAUUCUUACAGGAAUUACUAAAAGAGGCUCUAGGUGCUGGACCCGUCCGAGCGAGGCUUCUCAAUGGAUGGGUUUAUACCAUUCUACAAGCUGCAUCUCACCCUGGAGGCCGAGUUUCACAAGAUGGCGAGCUCAUAUUCAGCGAGCCAGGUUAUGUUGACUGGCAGGGAUUAUUUGAUCAUUGUAUUGAACAGCCGGACGUCUACAACAGAAACCUUCUUCCUUGUAUCAUGAAAAAUCUUGAUCCUCCACCUUCUGAAGAAAAUCAGGCAUCCAUCUUGAAGUUGAUUGAUCUGGUUGUAGAGGAGAGGGAAGAGGGCAUGGAAACCAAUGAAGAGGGUGCUGCCACCUGCAGCACAGAUUACCUUGAAAAAUGUAAACAUUUAUCAUCAGAAGAUCCCAGGAGUGGUUUCAACUCAACAGACAAGCUGCCCAGUUUCAAGACGUCUGGGUGGCAACUGUGCACAGAGCCGAUUGACUGGUCCAAGUAUCCUCUGGGGGAAUGCCCUGGUGUCACAUUGGCCUACACCAACUUAGAAAUUAUGAGGAAUGAGAAUGAGGAUGACCAAACAAGUUAUGAUGAGGAGGAUUCAGCUGUCAGGGGUGAACAUCCUAAACCUGUUGACUCUACUGUAUGGAGUGAAAAGGAACUCAACCGUAUUCUGGAGGAGGUUGAUCUUCUGUGAAUCUUAUGCCAAAACGUAGUAAGGAAAUACAAAAUGUACACUGAACAUCAGGAUAUUCAAUAUCUGAUCUUUACAUUUGGACAUUUUCAAAAUGUGGAAACGGAACUAUUCUCAAAAUGGUUCCUCUGUAUUGUAUUCUGUCUGUCACAUGGAGUGUGUGGUAGCGGUAAACUGAAAUACAUGAGUAUUCAAUAAAUUUUUUGUCCAGUUCGUCUCUUAAUAUGUGAACAGGAAUCAUCCCUUGUUGGAUUAACCACCAACUGUACAUGUAUGUGAAGGAAUGUCCUCGCGUCCUGGUUUUCUCCCAGUUGGAAGAUAUAACUGAGAUCAUCACUGACUGUGUGAAGUCUCUCAACUAGAUACCAAUGUCACAACCUGAGGCGAGAUCAUCAGACUUCUCCAUGCA